AUGAUCCGCCAACCCCUCAUCCGCCUCGCCGCCGGCGCCAUGGCGCGUCCCGUCCUCCCCGUUACCCUCACGACCCGCUGCACAGCCAGGCUCUUCUCCUCUCUCCCUACCCUCCGCCCCUCCAUCCUCCCCAACACGGCCGCCAUCGCCCGCCCGGCCCCCAUCGCGCCACUCCCCACGACGACGACGCUCGACGUCGUGCCCCAGACGUCCAUCUCGUGCCACCCGGCGUUCAUGGCGGCGCAGGACGAAGAAUGGCCGGAAGACUUUGUUGAGGAGGAGGGAGAAGGGGAGGUGUCGGUUGUCGAACUAGAUGGGAAGAUGGUCCGCGUAUUGGGGGAGAAUAGGAAUGGGGCCAUGUACUCCAUACUCUAA